GGCCUCACCUGUCGCUGCCUGGAAGGCUACAGAAACAGGGAGGCGCUCCGAAAAAGGGACAGGAGGCGGAGUUUGCUCCAUUUUAUCUGACUGUCCUGAAAAGUUUGCUAGAAACAGGCAUACCUGAGGCAGAGUCAUUCCUGCUGCACCUGCUGACAGCUUUGACUUUGCUUUAGCUCGGAUUUACUUCAACAUGACCAAGUGAUCCCACCAGAGGGUUGGUUAAAAAAAACAAAAAAAAAAAACAGCAGUUCUUUCUGCCUGCGCAUUAAGUCAGUCGACGUCAACAAUGAAGAAGGGGCUGCAUUUUUUGGGUCGGAAGAACCAAUCUCUUUAUGACACCAACAUUAAAAUUCCGGACAGGGACAGUGUUCAGCUGGUGCUGGAGGAGACGGAGUCUGCAAUCUACGAAUCUGGGACUGCCAACGUGAGGGCCAGACCCACCGUCAAGCAUCAUACUUUCUCGUUUGAAACCUUCCAAGGACUUCCUGUCCCAACUCCAAAAGUCCCUGAACUUCCCCCUGCCAAUGGCCCAAUAGUCAAUGGGACAGGUGCUGGAGAUCAUUCAUCCAAUGGAUCUAUUGUAUCCGUGCCAGGCCACAUGGAAGAGAAGAUUUUUGUUCCUCCUCCUCCUCCUUCAACGGCCCCUCCACCCCCUCCCGUGAAUUUCAUCCCUCCUCCACCAGACUUCAUGGGUGACCUAAACAGCUUAGAUCCUGUGGCCCUCCAGCCUCCAUCCAUGCCUGCUCCAAAACCACCGUCUGUGGUGGAGGAGGAUUUGUCCCUUUUGAAACCACCACCAAUGGCGCCUCCAAAACCUCCGAAUACCUGUUCUACUGGAUCUGGGUCAGCAGCACCUGUCUCUGUUCCACCGCCAACCCAAGUGCCAGAACGUCCAAAAUUUGCCCCUCCGCAACCACCUGCUGAAAAGCAGCAGAAGAGUCAUAAGGUCCCACCUCCAAAACCUAUCAGAUCGUCUUCGGUGUCCACUGCUGAGCCCCCAGCACAGCCUCCCCAAGUGCCCACCUCCACAUUGUCCACCUUCAAUUCCCAGAACAAAACAAAGGUUCAUGAUCCUCCAAAGCACACAGUGCUUUGGAACGGGUCAGCUCCUGCUGGGAUGCAGAUGGAUGGAAAAGCCCCUCAAGCUGCUCAGCUACCUAAACCAGAGCCCAAACCUGUACAACCCAAAGGGGCUUUACAAAUUAAACAACCUGAAUUACCUAAAGUUCCUGAAGAACCUAAAACAGAGGCAAAGACAGAGAUUAAAAUAAAGUCUCCAACGGAGGCUAAAGCAGACACUGUUCUACCUCAGUCAGAGAUAACUAAACCCCUCCAGCUUCCACCACUGCAUAGAACGACUAAUGUCCAGAUCAAUUCAGAGUCCAAGAGCACACUGGAAGUAUCUCCAGGUCAAAGCCGCAGUUUCAGCCCUCUAUUGGAUCGCAAACUGGACAGCCUGAAGGCUAACGAACCCAAACACUCUUCAACAUCGCCGUUCGCUCUGCUGAAGGCAGCUAAGGAAAGAGAGAAAAAGAAAAACACUCAAUCUUUGUCCCGCGAAAGCAGCACCAGGAGAGAUGAACCAACAAGUCCUAAUUCCUUCACUGUCAUACCAAGAUCAACAUCUUCAGUUCUACCAAGUCAGAAUAGACUACAGGAGAGUGCAACUCUUGGGCCUGCAGAAACUAAAACAACGAUUCAGGCUCCAGAAACACCCAAGGGUUCGACUGCACUGGCCAAAGAUCAGAAACUAUCAACUGAUCCAGUUUUAAGUAAAUUUACAGCACUUUCAUCUCCAGCUGUAAGUAACCUGAGUGAGCAGAAGCAAAGAGCAGAAGAAAAGCAAUUAAAAUCUCAUGAUGUGCAAAAUAAUACUCCUAAACAGGAUAUGAAUUUGCCAUUUCUGCCCCCACCACCAGAGUUUGGUGACUUUGGUCAAAUACCAGAACAACCCCCCUCUAUGCGUCCGCCCGAUCCCCCCACAAAAAAAGCACCAACACCACCUAAAGCUUCAGCUCAAACCCCAACUCAGACCCCAGCUAAAGCUCCCGCCCCAACUCAAACCCCAUCUCAGACCCCAGCUAAAGCUCCCGCCCCAACUCAAGCUCCAGCUCCAACACCAGCUAAAGCCCCAGUAAAAGCCCCAGUCAAAGCCCCAGCCAAAACUCAAGCUCAAGCUCCUUCACCGCCAAAGCUCCCACCUUCUGACAUACAAGUCAAACCAAAGCCACCAGUCCAAACUAAAACCAAUCCACCCUCUACUCAGGUACCAUCCAAUCUUUCACAAAACCAGGCCACCCUCCUUAGUAUUUUACAGAAGAAGAUGUUGGUAAUGGACCAAAAAAUGGCCCCCGUUAAUGAGUCGGAGCACAAUUCUGAUGACUGGAGUACUGGCUUUUCUGACGAAGACAACAAGGUACCAGCAGUGCCACAACCCAAACAGGGGACCAAAAACCCACCUGCCCCCGCCAACAAGACAGCAUCUUUGGACAUGAAAGAGUUGGAGACCAAAAUUAUCAACAAAUACCAGAGUAUACAAGAGAAGAGUCCCACCAAAAAUGGGAUGCGUUCAAGACAAAAGUAUGGGAUGACUUUCACCAUCAGGCCUGGAACUAAACAGCCCAUAACUCUUGCAAGUAAAGAGGAUUCCUAAAGGUCUUUGACUGUAGAACAAACCUGCUGCAUAUAAAAUAGCAUAUGCCAAGGCCAUAACAUGGAUAUUUUGUGAGAUUUCUUCCUGUGUCUGCAACACCUGAUACUACACAAACUGAGUUUUGGUGAAAAUAAAAAAAAAAUUAAAACUGACACCAAAGUCCCCUUUGAACAUGCCCACCCUGACUUUUUGUGUCAGAAAUUUCACCAACAAUUGAGCAAUUUCUCUGGGUUUUUGUACAUCUAACCGCUUUCAUUAAACAUGAAAUAUUGCUGGAAGAAGUUCCAAUUACCCUUAGAAAUGCUUCAGCCAUGCUCAGGAUUUUCUUUUACAUUUUAAUGUUGUCCAUCACCACCUAUGGGUGCAGAAUAGGUAUUACACCUCUUUUGACUGGAAUGAGGUGACGGUUCAGAUUUCUUUUUUUUUUUAGAAAAAAAUAUCCAGUGUCAUGUAUCUAGGGCCUAAAUAAUAUGUGAUUUUACUUUAGCAGUAAUUUGUGCAAUUUUUCAGUUAGCUAUGAAGUUACAAGUGCUUUCUUUAUUAAUUAGGAAGUUCAUGCUGUCAAGUGUCAAGAUGAUUGUUCCAUUUUUAAAAUGCAGCGUGUUUUCUUUCUAGAAGUCUCACAGUAAUAUGGAUAUUUUAUAUGUAAUUUGUUUUUGUGUGUUUAAUCCUAUCUGUGUUUUAUUUAGAGAUGCACAAAUCAAUCCGCCAAUUUUCCUUAAUUGGCUCUGAUUGAUUGCUAAUAAACAUUGUCCUGACCCUCUUAACUAAAAGACCAAAAACAUUGGCUUUGACGCACUGCUCAAACUUAAUACAGAUCAGGUAAAGUUUGAGAAAAUAUGACGUGGUGCAUAAACGGGUAUAAUAUUGUAAAUUUGGGUGAUAAUAUUGGAAGAUCAAAAAACCUGCAGUAUGUUCUUUUGUCUUUUAUGUGUUACGAUAAAUCAGUCCAAUUUAGACCCGACAAGUCAAAAAAGUGGCAUCUGGCAGGAGAAGCCAUGAACUGUGCAUCUUUUUUCAUGAAAAUUUAUAAGGGUUAUUGUCUAUAUUUAUGUAAAUUAUAUGGAUGAUAAAAAAAUUAUGUUGUUCUCUCAAAUAUUGGAUGUAAAAUAUAAUGUAUAAAAUAAGUGUAUAAGCUGGAAUUACACACACCGUCGCCAUUCUGUCCAUCCUCUGUUACAUGUACAUAAGUCCACCAGAACAAAGCAGACUGUCAAUUUAGGCAACCAGCUGCAUGUAGUUUUUAUAUUUAUUGAUUUUAGAAAUAUUGUGCUCACCCUAUGAUUAAUUAUUGAUAUGGUUACAUUUACACUACUACCACUGUACAUAGUAAGUUUAAAGUAGAUGUUUUUGUGUAAAUUAUAAACAUUUAUGAACA